UAAUUAAAACAAAAAUCAGAUUUGCUACAGAGAGUACACAAUAAGUUUUCAAUAUGUUUAGAUAUUUAUUAAUAUUAUCCGUCGCUGUAAUAGUCAGCAAUGGAUCUCCAGCAACAAAGCAAGGCAACUUUAACACAUAUUUUGCAUACACAAGGAAAAAUUUAAAUAGACCGAUCGAACUUAAAGCUGGCGAAAUCAACGAGGAAGCGGUCGUGGAUCUGACUCUCAAUAAGACUACUGUUGUCAUAAUUCACGGACACAGAGGCUCGGUAUCUACGACAUUAAACCCCACAGUAAAAAAUGCUUUCCUAAGAAGUGAAGAUUUGGAUGUGAUCGUAGUCGACUGGUCAGUAUACGCCAGUCAAAGCUACAGUAACGCCGUCAAUGCGGUGCCAAGUGUUGGAGAAAAUUUAGCGGGUCUUAUAAAUGAGUUAGUGAGAAACGGAGUUGUGGAACUUAGCACUUUACAUAUGGUGGGAUUCGACCUCGGAGCACACGUUGCUGGUUUUGCAGGAAGACUGUUGGACGGACAAGUAGCAAGAAUAACCGGCUUAAACCCAUCGAGGGGCCAAUGGGGAGAAAAUUCCCAAAGAUUGAGCAGCUCAGACGCUGUAUAUGUUGAAGUUAUUCACACCGACGGUAUCGGCCUUGUAGCCUAUGGAGUUGGAGAUGCCAUCGGUGAUGUGGAUUUCUACGUAAAUGGCGGUACUAACCAGCCAGGGUGUCUACUAAAUAAUUUCUGCGGUCACAACCGCGCCUGGGAAGUAUUCGCAGCGUCACUCAGUAACACUAAGCUGAUAGGCAAUGAGUGUAACACGUGGCUCCAAGUAACACUAAAUACAUGUAGAGGACCCACAAUUGAGAUGGGAGGAAAUGAUCUGUUUAAAUACGCAUCUGGAAUGUAUCGCGUGAACACAGGAAGAAGAUUUCCUUUCUAGAAUAUAAUUCGUAGAGGUCUCAUCGAAACAAAUGUUAAUUGAAAAUUAUUUUUUAUAAAAUUAUAUUAUUUUUAAUAAAAAACAAUAAAUAUGUGUUAUUUAACAACUAUAUA